CGGAACCGUUCUUAAGAAAUAUCCGCGAAAUCGAAUAAGAACAAGAAAUUCUUACAUUUAAGAGGAAUUAAGUGUGUAUCCUUUAAAAAAUGAAAAAGAUUAAAGGAAUGAAAGAAAAUAAAAAGUGGAAGUGAUGAAUUUAUGAAAGCCAAAUUAGCGGCAAUAAAUUUUUUAAUAAGUGGCAAAUCACAAUUUAUGGAUGUACAUGAUAGCCAUUCAGUGCACACACACGAGUCGAAAGUCGAGUAGUGAAAAAAUUUAUAUGAGAAAAAAAGGCAAAUGUCAUAAAUCAUCAGGAGAUGAGGAUGUGUUGUGUAAAAAAAAAUUGUAUAGUAUGAAAAAUGGUUAAAUAACUGCGAAAUGUAAUUAACCGUGUGAAAAAAGUUACGUCUCUCUGCACAUGAAAAAUGGAUAAGAAUGUUCUUUUUCCUCAUAUAAUAUAUACCCUAUGUCCCAAACUCUUGUUGGUGAUGUCAACGGAGAUGUGAAGUGGAUAAAAAAUUAAAAAAAAAAAAAUUCUAGUGAAAAAACAUCAAAAAAUAAAAAAAAAUCUUUCCUUAAUGAAUAAUUCAAUAAAAAUAUGAUUCGCUUCAUUGGAUUAUUGCUUACCUUUUUCGGAUUAGUUUUGAAUCAUGCAACAACGACCAAUGUGAUAAAAAGCUCUGAGGAUGAAAAUACACCACUGUUUCAUGUGGAAGCAGUUCAAGGCACCACAGCACGUUUACCAUGCAACCUAACAUCACAAAUUGAUGCUGAUAGAGUAUCACUUGUUAUAUGGUAUAAGGAAGGUCAAAGUACGCCUAUAUAUAGCUUCGAUGUACGACAUACGGAGAUGCUGGAGAAAGGCUUACAUCAUGAGGGUACGGGAAGCCUCAAUGGACGAUCUCAUUUUAAUACAACAUCAUUAUCAUCAUUUAUUAUAACGAAUGUUAAAGGACAGGAUAAUGGCUUGUAUCGUUGUCGUGUGGAUUUUAUUAAAAGUCCAACGCGAAAUAUAAAAAUUCAGUUGAGUGUUAUAGUGCCACCUGAUAGCAUUACGAUAUUUGAUGCAAAAGGCACUCAGCUACCUCACUAUAUACUAGGUCCAUACAACGAAGGAGCUUCCAUUAAUAUUACAUGUGUUGCAAGUGGAGGUCGCCCCUUAGCGCAAGUAACAUGGUGGCGUGACAAUGUCCUCCUCAAUACAACGUCAAUUCAAAUCGUAGAUAAAAAAGUCAAAAAUACAUUACAAUUAUACAAAUUAGAGCGUAAAGAUUUACAUAAUAGCUACGUCUGCCAAGCAUCGAAUAAUGAUGUUACUCAUCCUUUAACAAGUACAGUCACACUCGAUUUGAACUUGCGUCCAUUAACAAUAAGAUUAGAUCAAGAUGUAAAAUAUUUAUCUACAAAUCACUCGUACGAUUUAAAGUGCGAAGUAACUGGAAGUCGACCGGCUCCAUUAAUUUCAUGGUGGAAAGGCUCGUCGCAAUUAAGAACAACUAAAGAAUGGACAUCAUCUGAUGGAAAUUUAACAAGAUCAAUUUUAACGUACAUACCCGUAUUGGAUGAUCAAGGAAAAUAUUUGUCAUGUCGAGCGGAGCAGAGUCUCAUACCUGAAUCGGGGAUUGAACAAGGCUUUAAAUUAGAUAUUCAUCAUAUACCAGUAGUAAAAUUAGAAUUCGGUACAAAUCAGCAAAAUCAUCUACAAAAUGGCAUACGAGAAGGAGCUGAUGUGUAUUUUGAAUGUAAUAUAAAAUCCAAUCCGUGGGUGUAUAAGGUCUCAUGGAAACAUAAUGGCAAGGACAUUUCGCAUAUGUUCGGCGAUGGAAUAAUAAUUUCAAAUCAAAGCUUACUGAUUUCGAACGUAAAGCGAACACAAAUGGGUCAAUAUAUUUGCAGUGCUGUGAACGCAGAGGGUGAGGGUGAAAGCAACGCUGUAUAUCUAGAAGUCCAAUUUGCUCCAGUAUGUCGACCAGGACAAAUUCAUACAUACAAUGUGGGUAGAGGCGAAACGGCAAAAAUUCAAUGUGAAGUCAUGGGUAUUCCGACAGACAUUAAUUUUGUGUGGAAAUUCAACACGUCCGUGUCAGAGCUGUUGGACAUGCCAUCGUCAAUUGUGACAAAUGACAAAACAAGGAGCACCAUUCAUUUUAAACCAAUGACUGAGCAUGAUUAUGGAACACUCUUAUGUUAUGGCAGCAACGAUCUAGGAACACAGACAGAUCCCUGUGUAUUCAACAUAAUACCAGCAGGAAAACCAGAUCCGUUGUCCAAUUGCUCGAUAUUGAAUCAGACAUUUGACAUGCUUCAAAUAACGUGCCAAGAAGGAUUUGAUGGUGGUCUUGAGCAAAGUUUUAUUGCAGAAGUCUACGUUCAUGGACAAAAACAUUUGUUCUCGUCUGUCAAUUCAAAAACACCAUUCUUUGAGCUGAAAGGUCUUGAGCCGGGAAUUGGCUAUGAUAUGCUUGUAGUGGCAGUAAAUAAAAAGGGAAAAUCCCGACCAUCCAUGUUGCAUGGAUAUACACUAAAAACUCCUGAAAAACAAACUGUUGUUUUCCCAUUCUCAGACAUUCCCAUUUCACCCGUCCUAGCGCCAACGUUUUUACAAAUAAAGCCAUUUCUAGGCACAAUGGUUGGCAUUUUUGGUGCUCUCGUGUUGAUACUAUCAGCAAUUAUUUUAGUUGUACGUUUAAAAGGCUCAAGUCGUCGUGAUAGAGCACGUGCAAUAAGUAAUACAAUAACAAUGAGUUCAACACUAUCACCGUCGAUGCAGAAUGGUGUAAUUUUAAGGGAGGCAUCGAGUGCUGAUAGUAUAGAUAAGAAUCCCGACAUUAUUCCUCAAGAAAAUGAUAACGAGUGGAUGAACAAUAAGUUUGCAACGGCUGUGAUGAUGGCAGAGCAACAAAGUAAUUUUACAAUGACGAGCUAUGAUUGCGAUAGAACAUUAUUUUCUCAGCAUGAUAAUAAUUGCUUGCAACAUCACGUUUAUCAGGAACGUUCAGCAUACCAUCACAAUGAAGUGCCCACAAGUAGUAUAGGUUAUAUUGAUAAUCGAGUUAGUGCAAAUACUGAGUUGACAUAUGCAGAUCUAACGAUUCUGCAGAAACAACCAAUGCUUUAUUCAAGUGCAACACUUGGCCGACCUCGAACUCAUGAAAUAAAGCGAGUAAUAGAACCAAGCAUAUAUGCACAGAUUGAUCUAGCAAGAAGUACACCACCUCCACCAUCGUCAAUAAAACAACAAGUAUACCCAUCCAAUAUGAUAUUUAGCACAUCUCGUAAUAUGAUGCCAAUCUCACAUCCGAGCCAAAUUGAACACUUACCGUUGCCGCCUCCUCGCUUUCAAUCAGAGCCGAUGAAUGAAACGAAAUCAAUAUUGCAAACACUUACUGAGAGCGAGGCUGAGAAUGAACGUCCGGAGAUUGUACAACGAGUAAACAAUACAACGCGAUUUUGACAUGAUUGAUUGUAAUUGUUACAGCCGUAGAUGAAAAUAAGAAAGAAAUUGUGUAUAUAAUAAUUGUGAAUAUGAUUAUCUUUUAAUUAAUAUUGAUUUAUUUUCUAUGUUAUUAUGUUAUUCUUUUGCCUUUCAAUUUUUAUCCAUAAACUUCCUAUUUCCACAUC